CUCUAAUUAUUCUAUAACAUAACUAAUACACCUAGAUCUUUAACUGUCUUUCGUAAAUGGUCAACGCCAGUGACCAGGUUCAUAUUAUCAAUAAUAAGAUUAUGAAGAAUCUCAAUUUUGAUUAGAUUAAUAAUUGGAAAUCAUAAUGAUAUGUAGUGAAAACAACGAUAAGUGUAUUACAUAAUUUUCUUAAAUAGUAACAAAUUAUAGAAAAAAAUGAGUAAAUAUUGCUGUAUUUAUAUUAAUGUGUUAAUUAUCAAUUGAUUUCUUCCUUUUAAUUUUUUUAAAUAAUGUUUAAAAUAUUUGCUGUAUUACCAACGUAGAUACUUUUUUAUAAUGAUCCCUGAUUCAUGGAGUAAACUCUUGGCUAUUGGUGUGGUCCUAUACUGGUUUGGAUACUGGCUAGUUCAUAUAUUAGCAAUUUGCUAUGGUAAAUAUAAGCUACACAGGAGUAAAAAGAAACAAACAGUAAUAAAUACUGUUGAAGCUGAGAAAGAUUAUCCAGGAGUUAGUAUAUUGAAACCUAUUGUUGGUACAGAUCCGAACUUGGCAGACAAUUUACGUACUUACUUCAACAUUGAUUAUCCAAAGUAUGAAAUAUUGAUUUGUAUUCAAGAUAAUAAUGAUCCAGCCAUACAAAUUGUUACUAAACUGGUUGAAACUUAUGGAGCUAAUGUUGAAACUCAAUUAUUUAUUGGUGGAUCAGCAGUUGGAACAAACCCUAAAAUAUGUAAUAUGCACGGAGCAUAUGCCAAAGCUAAACAUCCAUUCGUGCUUAUAUCAGAUAGCUCUAUAAGAAUGAAGAAAGAUACCCUGAAAGAUAUGGUAGAUUGUGUGCAGAACAAUAUUGCUAUUGUUCAUCAAAUACCAUUUACUUGUGAUCGUAUUGAUAAUAAUUCUAAAUCUUGUGAUCAUCAAAAACAUUUUGUUGCAACUUUGGAAAAAGUUUUUUUUGGAACAGCACAUGCUAGAGUUUAUCUUGUUGCAGAUCUUGUUCAGGCUGUAUGCCAUACUGGUAUGUCCAGUUUGAUUAGAAAACGUGCUCUUGAUGAUUGUGGAGGAUUAUGUGCCUUUGGUCAGUAUUUAGCUGAAGAUUACUUUAUUGCACAACAGUUAGUAAAUCAGGGAUGGCAUACAACAAUUAGUGGCAUUCCAGCACUUCAGAAUUCUGGUACACUUGAUUUGUAUCGUUUUCAUGAUCGUCUAAGAAGAUGGGUUAAGUUAAGGGCAGCUAUGGUACCUCACACUAUUGUAUUAGAACCACUUUCCGAGUGCCUUAUUUUGGGUGCUUUAGCAGCUUGGUCAACUCAUACAUUAAUGCCAAUGAUUGAUCCUUAUGCAUUUUACUUAGUGCAUAUACUAGUUUGGUUUCUUUUGGAUUGGAUAUUGCUGAAUAUUAUGCAGGGAUCACCAUUGCCAUUUACAAGAGCUGAAUAUGCUAUAGCUUGGAUAUACAGAGAAUGUGUUGGACCAUACUUAUUUUUAACUGCUUUGUUAUGGAAGCCUCAAAUAGUUAAGUGGGCAUCUCAUACAUAUAAACUUCGUUGGGGUGGUAUUGCUGAAGCUUUAGAUGAUAACCAAGAAAGUACAACUACGUUAACAAGUGUUGUAGUUGAACAACCUGCUAAAAUCAAAGUUUAGUUACGAAUUUAUUAAUUUUUAAACCUGUAUUAUUGAUAUUUAUAUAUAUUUUAUUGGAGUAUAUAGAUAUAAAGUCAGUAUGUAUAUAUAAAUUAUGUUUGUCUACAAAAACUUUUUUUUACAUUUUGUAUAUUUUUAAUACACAGAAUAUAUUUAUUAAAUCUUGAA